AUGACUUCAUUAUCAGAACAGGUAACCUUGUCGAAUGUCAACUCUUCUCCUUGCACAUUGGGGCAGGCUUCAUCACCUGAGGAACUUGACGUAUCUCCACUUCAAAAAUCAAAUUCUAAUAUCAGCUCAGAAAUAGACGGUGUACCUGGACAUAGGAUGCCCAAAUACAAAGGUAGGCCACCGGUGUCGGAAGUUCCGGAACUUUUGGAAUUGUGUGAAGAUUUAUAUGAGCAAAGAAAUAUUUCAGGAUUGGCUAUGCUGGCUCGUCAAAGAGGCCUCCCACCGUCUUUGAGAUACAAAAUAUGGCCGGUUUUAUUAAAAUAUCAUCCAUAUGUUCAACAUCCAUAUAUAGAACCAGAUUUCGACGAAGACGACGAAGACAAUGAAGCCGAUGAAGAAAAGGAGGAAGAAGAAUAUCACAGCGAUAACAAAGAUAAUAAAAAGGAAGGCAGUAAUCAAGGGACAAAUUUAAAUGGUCGAAACGUAAGAUUUGAUUCCUCGUCGUUUUGCUUGAAUGAUAGUGAGGAUGAAAGUGGAGAGAAAACAAACACGAAGGAUACAGGUAAGAGUGCUGACAUUUCAAAGGAAAUAGAUUUUGAUAUGAAGAAGUAUGUGCGGAAUUCUGAAAAAUUUAAAUCUGCUAAAAUGACACCGGAAAUAAAAGAACUGUACCAGUUACAGGAAAAGAUAUUUUCUACGAUAAAACACGCCAUUCUAAAAUUUCUAAAUAAAUGGGGCUCAAUUUUGAAGUACAGUUCUGGUCUUACAUGGAUUGCGUUUGGAUUAGCGGAGUGGGUGCCUCCUUUAAUUGGCUCUGAAUUUGUCCUUUGUGGUCGUGAUGAUAUUGCAAAAAACGGUACAAAAUUACGAAAUGUUAACGAUAGCUACUUCGAACGCUGUGAAUCGUACAAUAAAGAGUACUCAAGCAAUUCAUCAACCAUGGAAACUACACCAGUGAUAUCCGGGUCUCCGAGGUCCAUUUCGAGCUUAGGAAAUGCAAGCUUAACAUCAGAUGGUACUAAUUCCUCUCAGAUUAGUGGUGAUGUACCAAAGGACCCUUUCAGACCCAUGAGCUUUUCUGAAAUAUUCGAAAGACUUGUUUUGGUAAUUCUUCAUUCUCCAGAUCCAUCUGAAAGAGGGCGUCCAACAUCUACUGGAAUUGAAUUCCAGGGUUACAGUCAGAAUAAGAACCGAAAAUCAAAUCAGAAGUUGGAGGAACUUCCGAAAUUUGGGGGAACUAUAGAGGAUCGUGUCUCCUUCUUUUUUUUUGGGAUGAGAAAACUUAUGCCGGAAUUAUACAGCUAUCUUUCAGAUGAAGAUUGUUUGAAAGGUGAUUGGAUAUUAUGGUGGCUGAAAUACUGCGGAUCAAAAGAGUGGUCGCGUUAUGAUCGUGGAAGAACAUGGGAUAUGCUUCUUGGUUUUCGAAUAAAUUGUCAUCAUUUUGAAAGAGAUAUACCAUACCUUAAUAAUCUAACAGAUGAUCAGAUUGCUCUUCUAGGUCCAGAUCUUUUUUGGUAUCUGAAUGCUGAUGAUUCUGUUAUAAAUAACGGUCAUCAAGAUGUGAGUACGCUAUCAAGUGGUAAAGGUCGACGUUCGCGUGGUUCUCGAAAAUCAUCCUCAUUAAUUACGCUGUUGAAUCAAGUUUCUGUUGGCGAUAAUCAUACUGCGACGUUUUCUACCCUAUCAUUAGAGGAUAGAAGUGAUCGAGUUUCAGAACGAUUUAUUCAGUUGCCAUUUUCUGUUAUUGAUCCACAUAUUCAAAUUGUUUUUAUUUCUUUGGCAUUCCUGAAGUCUAAAGAGUUUACUAUAAUGGAACUUGAUCAAUUUGAAAUCAUUCAGCUGUUCAGUCGUCUCUCAUCUUUAAAAACGUCAGAGAUUCGCUCGUUUGUAUCAGCUGAAGAAAAUGCAAACGGCCAUAAGAAUCAUUAUGUGAAGAAAUCUAACAGAGAUAUUGAAAAUAUAAUACUGGAGGCUGGUGAACUAUGGCGGAAAUUUAUUUACAUGGAAAUGGUGGAAGAAAACUCAUGA